AAUAAAGUAUAAUAAGAAAGGAUUAAAAUCGAUAAAUAAACAAAACAAAUUAAAAAUGAAUACAUUUUCAUUCAUCUUCUUGAAAUGAUGAUGUCUGCCAAACUGUCAACUGCCAACCGUCGCCGCCGUACUCAGUAGACCUUCUCCUUCCGGUAGCUGAAUACUCAGCGUGCCCCGCCGCAAAGAAUGGCCAACCUCCCCUCCCAAAUCAGCCGCCUCUUGAUCCUCCGCCGCCACGACGCCCUCAAGAACCUCGGUUUCACCUUCUCCGACCCCCUCGUCGACGCCGUCCUCGAGAAUCUCAAACGCCACCCCGACUCCGCCGCCCACUUCUUCGACCUAGCCUCCCGGCAGAACUACUUCAGACCCCACUUCAAAUCCUACGUCAGGCUUAUCCACAUCCUAUCCCACGCCAGAAUGUUCGACCAAACGCGGUCCUAUCUGCGUGGCCUCAUCGAGCUAUCAGAAAGCAGCCGCCUUCCGGUUUCUUUGAUUUAUGAUGAGCUGGUCUCUGUUUACCGAGAAUUCAAGUUCUCGGCAACGGUUUUCGACAUGGCGUUGAGGGCCUUUGUGGACAGGGGGCUGUUAAAGAAUGCCCUUUUCGUGUUCGACAAUAUGCCUAAAUGCGGCCGCUUGCCUAGCUUGCUGUCUUGUAAUGCUCUGUUGAGCCGUUUAGUGAGAAAUAAGGAUUUUCAUGUGGUUUCCUGUGUUUAUGAUCAAAUGAUCCGAGUUGGAGUUGUGCCUGAUGUGUACACUCAUGCAAUCGUGGUGGAUGGGUAUUGUAAGGAUGGUAGGGUUUAUAAGGCUAUGCAAUUUGUCGAGUGCUUGGAGAGAAAGGGAUUGGAUUUGAAUGUCGUGGCGUAUAAUAAUUUGAUAAAUGGAUAUGUGGAGGCGGGGGAUGUGGAAGGAGUGGGUAAAGUGUUGGGAUUAAUGGGUCGACAGGGGAUUUCGAAAAAUGUGGUUACGUGUACGCUUUUGAUUAAGGGUUAUAGUAAGGUAGGGGAAAUUGAUCAAGCUGAAAAGGCAUUUAAAGAGAUGAAGGAAGAGGGAGGAGAUGCAUUGGUCUGGGACGAAAAGGUAUAUGGAGUACUCAUCGAUGGGUAUUGCCGUUGUGGAAGAAUGAAUGAUGCUUUGAGAAUUAAAGAGGAGAUGAUGAGUUUGGGAUUGAGUAUGAAUUUGUUCAUUUAUAAUUCUAUGAUAAAUGGGUACUGCAAACUCGGCCAUCUCCGUGAAGCAGAGGAAGUCAUAUCGAGUAUAGUCAAAGACAAUUUGAAGCCUGACGGUUAUAGCUACAACACGUUAUUGGACGGCUAUUGUAAAAGGGGAUUGAUUGAUAAAGCUCUCCUGCUCUGUCGAAAAAUGGCUGCAGAGUUUGUGUACCCUACGAAUAUAACUUACAAUACUCUUUUAAAAGGUUUGUGCCAGUUUGGUGAUAUUGAUGAUGCUUUGUCUCUUUGGAAGUUGAUGCUCGAGAGAGGCUUUGUUCCUGAUGAGGUCGGGUUUAGCACGCUAUUGCACGGUCUUUUCAGGAAGGGGAAGUCUAAUGCAGCCUUGACACUGUGGAAACAUGCUCUGGCAAGAGGCCACGCGAAAAGUCGUAUUUUAUUCAACACAAUGCUCGAUGGAUUGUGUAAGCUAAGAAAUUUGGAUGAAGCAGCACAAAUUCUUGAAAAGAUGAAGGAAUUGGGUUAUUCACCGGAUGAGGUGACUUGCAGAACCUUGAUCGAUGGUUAUUGCCGAGCAGGAGAUGUCGAGGCAGCUUUUCAAAUUAAAGGCAUUAUGGAUAGAGAAGGUUUUCCAGCUUCCAUUGAGAUGUACAAUUCGCUUAUAACGGGCUUGUUCCAGGUGGAAAAGGUGGACAAAGCCCUCGACCUGCUUUCGGAGGUUCACGCAAAAGGGCUAAGCCCUAGUGUUGUCACGUACGGAGCCCUUAUAAGUGGUUGGUUUAAAGCUGGGAACCUGAAAAGAGCUAUGGACUCGUAUUUUGAGAUGAGAGGAAAAGGAAUUGACCCGAAUGCACACAUAUGCAACACCAUUAUAAGCGGCCUGAACAGGCUCGGUAAAACUGAGGAUGCCAAUAUGCUGCUGCUGAAAAUGGCAGAUUUGGAUGUGAUCCCCGACUUUAAGCAGUUUUACGAUUUCUUUAGCUUCGAUACAAUUAGUGUAGAAACUCGGAGAAUUGCAGAUUCCCUUGACGAAAGUGCCACGAGAUGUGUAAUCCCGAACAACGUUAUGUACAAUGUAAUUAUAGCCGGGCUGUGCAAAUGUGGGAGAACUAAUGAUGCGAGAAAAGUCAUAUGUGAUUUGUCUAAAAGAGGAUUUGUUCCGGAUGAGUUCACGUACUCAGCCCUUAUUCACAGUGCCUUUGUAUCUGGUGCCGUUGAUGAAGCUUUCCUGUUACGAGACGAAAUGCUGGAGAAGGGUCUUUCUCCAAAUAUAGUUACAUAUAAUACUCUAAUUGGUGGUUUGUGUAAAUCGAGUAACCUCGGCCGUGCAUUGAGGCUUUUUCACAAGCUUCCCUCAAAACAUGUGGCUCCGAAUGUCAUAACCUAUAAUACUUUGAUCGGCUGGUGCUGUAAGAAUGGGAGUACCAAUGAAGCACUUAAACUUAUGGGGAGAAUGACAAAGGAAGGAAUUUCCCCUUCGGCCAGGACAUAUUCUGCCUUUCUCAGUAGCUUUUUACAGCAGGGGAAUGUAAAAGAAUACCAGAGACUUUUAACAAUGAGCCAAAAACUUGAGUCAGACCAUCUCGCGGAAGGGGACCGUCUGUCAACGCUCCAGGAGUGUGCCUCUUAAGAUGAAAUGCGAAAGUUGAGCCUUGUUGUGAGCCAUCUGCUGCAGCUUUGGUUGGUUUCUUGCUGUUUCUUCGGCUCUUGUUGGAAUUAAGCCAGUAUUACUACUGCGAUUCAAGUAAUACAAACAGUUAGGCUGCUUCAUAACAGCAUUUGUUGAAUACAAAUUGUACAGACCAACUUUAUACAACCCAUCAAGCACAUGAGGUUAGUAUCUUCUCUCCUUACACACGGAAAAAGACUCGCCUAACGUCUGAUCCAUUGAUCCCAAAUAAAAUCCCUUGGUGCUUAGUUCGUAUUUUUACAAAUUUUUUCCGACAUGCGUACACGUGAAGGCAUAGUUUCUCAACUAAAAGUAUCAUUUUCAUAAAAUCAUAAAAUGAUUAUUUAAUCCUUUCUGCAGUGCAAUUGCUUUACAUGCAUCGCAUAUCUAUCACAUAUAUUUACCAAAAAAAAAAAGAUUCGAUAAUUUUUUAUGAUUUUUAUCACCUUACUAAAAUUAUCGAAUUGAGAAUCAAAAAAUCCCCAGAGCCUUAAAAUUAAUUAGUUUGAACUCAGCAGAUGAUAUUCCAUU